AAACAACACACACAGCAUUCUCAAGUUUCUCUCUGUUUCUCAUCUCUCUCUCACUCUUCAUACUUCAUUCUCUAGCAACCAAACUACUCAAAAUCAAACCAAACCAAACCAAAAACCUUUGUUUCUGUUUUUUUUUCACCAUAAAAAAAAAACUAAAGUUAGUUAUUAACAGAACAACAGAAAAUGGAGGUAGGUAGUUGCACCGACGAAACUUCCAUAACCAGCGACUCCCUUUCAGCAUCCAUCACUCCGGCGAAGCUAUCUCCACCGCCGCCGAACACACUCUGCCGCGUCGGCAGCGGCGCUAGCACCGUGAUCGACGCCGAAUGUUGCGGCGGCGGCCCCGGGGAGGCUGAGUCCCGGAAGCUUCCGCCGUCGAAAUACAAAGGCGUGGUGCCGCAACCCAACGGCCGGUGGGGCGCUCAGAUUUACGAGAAGCACCAGCGCGUGUGGCUCGGAACCUUCAACGAGGAAGACGAGGCCGCCAGAGCCUACGACAUCGCCGCUCAGAGAUUCCGCGGCAAGGACGCUGUAACUAACUUCAAGCCUGUUGCCGGCGCCGGAGAUAGCGCUGAUGAUGAAGCAGAGGCGGAGGAGUUUUUGAACUCGCAUUCCAAAUCCGAGAUCGUGGAUAUGCUCAGGAAGCACACCUACCAUGACGAGCUUCAGCAGAGCAAGCGCGGCGGGGCGUGCGGCGGAAUGAAACGGCGGCGGAUCGGUGAGGGUGCAGGGAAUGAGUUGUUUCCCGGCGCGUGUGAUGAGAGGGCGCGUGAGAUUUUGUUUGAGAAAACGGUUACGCCGAGUGACGUGGGGAAGUUGAACCGGUUGGUUAUACCGAAGCAGCACGCGGAGAGGCACUUCCCGUUGGGCGCGGUGGCCGUCACCGAUGACGCGACCGCGGCGGCGAAGGGAAUGCUUUUGAAUUUUGAAGACGUUGGAGGGAAAGUUUGGCGGUUUCGUUACUCUUAUUGGAACAGUAGCCAGAGCUAUGUUCUGACCAAAGGAUGGAGUCGGUUUGUGAAGGAGAAGAAUCUUAGAGCCGGCGAUGCGGUCCGGUUCCACCGGUCAACUGGACCGGAUCGCCAGCUCUACAUAGAUUGCAAGGCCAGUAGUAGUAGUGGUGGUGGUGUUGGUGAGGUUGUUGAUGUAAGCAUUAAAACCGGUGGUUUGUUUAUUCCGGUUGGACCAGUGGUUGAGCCGGUACAGAUGGUUCGGCUUUUUGGGGUCAACCUCUUGAAACUACCUGGUUCUGAUGGUGGUUGCAAUGGGAAGAGGAAAGAGAUGGAUCUGUUUUCUUUAGAAUGUAGCAAAAAGCCAAAGAUGAUGGUUGGAGCUUUGUAACAUUUCAUGCUUUAAUUUGUUUUUUAUUUUUAUUUUGUUUCUUUUUUGUGAGUUUUGAAUUUUUGUGACUCAUGAGGAAAAGAAUGGAGGUUAGCAAAAUGGAGAAGGUAGCAGCAAAAUGGUGGUGUGUAGUGUGUAGUUGGCAAGUUGCAAAAAAAAGGUUAUUUGUAUAUUAUUAGACAAAAGUGGAAUUAGGGGUGAUAAUAAUGGCAUUUUGAAAAAGAAAUGAAGAAAGAAAGACAAGUGUUUAUUUUAUAA